AUGGGAAUUCCGCGACUCAAACAACACUUAUUAUCAUUCUGUCAACCCGUUCUCUUUCAGGGGGCCCCGGAUCGCGACGAUGGGAGUCUUGAAUGCAUAAGUUCCGUUGUGAUUGACGGGCCUAGCCUAGUCUACAAUGUUUACGCGCGGUUGCUGUCAUGGUUCUCAGUCGUUGGUCCCAGUAGGUUUGAUGCUCUGCCGACCUGCGAUGAAGUAAGUCGGGGGGUUGUGUUAUAUUUGGCGCAUUUGAAAAUGCUUGGCGUUAAGAUUGAGAAUAUAUAUUUCGACGGAGCCCUGCCCGCACGGAAGCAUGUAACCCGCAUUAGCCGACUUGAAAACCAAAGAAGAAAACUCGAGGUAUUUUGUGCCGAGACCAAGAAUGGCUUUGAACCGAUUAUAUCCCCCGGGUAUAAACGAACCGUCAAACUAGAAAAUGUUUUGCGCAGCCGACCAACGCCCGCUAUGUACAAUGAUAUUCCCGCCAAUCCUUUUAUGGUUUCGGCGGUGUUCGAAGACCUGAAAUGUCGCUGGAAUGGGGCAAAUAUCACGGGAGCCACCAAAAACACCUUACCACUGCAAUUAUUUGAUGAUCAUGAAAGCUUUCCCUGGGCAGAUCUCACGACCAUGGUACCAGGGGAAGCUGAUGCCUGCUGUGCCUAUGCGGCAAAGAUCAUGGGUUGCUGCAUACUCACGAAUGAUUCGGACCUUGUUCUCUACGACCUUGGAAAACGUGGCUCAGUCGCUUUUCUGGAUUCAGUGGAACUCAGUAGGUGGGAGUCCUCCAAGCCAUUGGUGUCUCAGAUAAGAGCCGCGAUUCUGCGCCCUUCCAUAGCAACCCAGCAGCUGGGAGUCUCCAGCCUGCUCCCGCUUGCAUACGAACUAAAAGUCCAGCCAGGCAUUGGUUUAGGAGAGUUAUUGCGGCGGUCCAAAAACGCGACUUCUAUGGCGGAGCUGUCUAAUUAUUGGGAGUUUGUCGACGAAUAUCAAACCGACCACUGUUGCGUGCAAGCACGAGCUACCAAACAAUCAAUUGGGUUUUACGAUACCAGGGUCUCGGAAUUGCUAUGGCAGUAUGAAUUGCGAGGUGAAUAUGCGGGUAGGGAUUGUCCAUACGUUUACCUCGCGACCAUGUGCGAGGACCAUACAAAACGAUGCGCGUGGGCCAAAGGCCGCGAAUAUCGAAACGUGGCAUAUUCAAUAUUAAACCUCUCUCGACCCAUUAGUGAAAGGCAUCGCUGCGUAGUUGAAUUUACUCGGCGCGGUCAGCGCAUCGCGGAGGAAAAAAUACAACUUCAGGACGAAAUGUGGAUUUCAGCUCAAAUAAAAUCCUUCCAGGCCCGUCUGCAGGAUUUGCGGACCAGCCUCAGAAAAGACAGUGGGUCUCUAUAUUUCUGGACACUAUUUGCUGUCUGUGAUGUCUACGGCCCAGAUUCUGGCGUCGAUGAAGGAGAUUUUGAGAAACUGAAGCAGUUUCUUAGAGUUGGAUACAUGGGCAAACGUCUCGGAUGGGCAGAUAUCCACCUAUCAGCACAGAUAAAUUCCGUUUUAUAUUCCUUACGGGUUUUAAAGCAGGUUCUCGAAGUCUCAAAUUCUAUGGCUAUAGUGGCGGUGGGAUUAAAGGCUAUCUUGAAGGGCCUUCCACCAUUACAUAUCAUAAUGGAUCCCGCCCACCAACGCACGGCAAUGUGUAGCGCUGAUAUUACAGCUACACAACUGUCAGAUGUGCUUGGGUACCUGGCGCAAAGACCGCAAAAGACCCAGCUGGAAUGCUCAGACAACGGGAAUGGGGCGUUGAAAGACAAGCCUCAAACUUCUCCAUCUGUUGCAAACAUUGCAAUGGCAAACCAAAAUGAUAUCAGUAGGCCUGUGCAUUCACCCAAAACUAUGUCCAACUUAUAUGAAUUAUUACAGGAGCAAUGA